CGCCCCUCAGAUCAUCUAUCACAUGGUUUCCUCGUCACCGAGCACCGUGUGUGUUCGUCAGGAGGAGGAUGACAGACAGGAGGGACCAGUGAGCACCGCGGAUCUGCUGCUACUGCUGCUACUGCUGCUGCGAUGAAGAGGAGGAUGACGCUGUCCCGUGGUGGAUCAUCUCCGAGACUGGGCCGCUGAAGACCCCCGCUCCCAGACCAACCCUCCUCUUCCUCCUCCUCCCUUGUCCCUGCUCCUCUGUUCGGAUCUUUGGAAACCGGCAGUAAACAGCUUCACAGCUCUCCACUGUGACGACUCGGUGCAGCAGGUCCACACUCCUACAGUUUAUUAUCCUGACACGAUGGGGGACUCCCUCUGCAUCUCCCUACGCGUCGCCGAGGCAGUGCUGAGAACGAGGAGCUUGAUCACGGUUCUACCUUUUGCUUUGCUGCUACCAACAGUAAGAAUCAGUGCACAGUUCAUGGGAAGCCCCCUGGACUGCCACAAGACCUGCGUGUGCGCCAGCAACAUCGUUAGCUGCUCCAAGACGAACCUGACCUACGUCCCCAUCGCUCUUCCAGAAUACACAGCCGUCCUGGACGUCAGCUUCAACUCCAUCACCAAGCUCCGUGCCGAGUGGACCUCCAUCAAACUCAGCAGGCUGCACACUCUGCUGCUCAACAACAACGGCAUCACUUUUCUGUCCUCCGAGGCGUUUGUCUCUGUGACAAAGGUUCAGUACCUGGACCUUUCGUCCAAUCGCCUCCGCCUGCUGGAUGAGGUCAUCUUCGAGCCGCUGGAGCACCUGGAGGUGCUGCUGCUUUACAACAACUGCAUCUCUCAGAUCGAUCGCUCUGCUUUCUCGAGCCUCAUCAUGCUGCAGAAGCUCUACCUGAGCCACAACCAGAUCUCACGCUUCCCCUUGGAGCUGGUGAAGGAGCGGAGCCGGCUGGAAACUCUCCGACUGCUGGAUGUUUCCUCCAACCGCAUCAAAGUCCUGCCCUUGCACGAGCUUCAGGCCCUGCCAGCCUGGAUCACGAAUGGCCUGUACUUCCACAACAACUCUUUGCCCUGCAGCUGUGAGCUGUAUGAAGUGGUGGCACGCUGGUACCUCAAGGAGCUCAGCUCCGCUAUUGACUUCAGGAGCAGCCACACUUGUUUGUUACCAGGGCAGCAGAAAGAGAAAAUGGCCAUACUGGAUCUGAACAAGGUCCAUUUGAACUGCAGUGAGGCCAAAAUUUUGGACAAAGAAGCUUAUCUGGACCAGUUCCUUGUGCUGGACUGUGAUACCAGGAAGAAGAACAUGACUAAGAGAUGGGCACUGCCUGGAAACAUCCCACUGUCUCCUAAAGGAAACAAUACUGCUGUGAAGCGUCCUGACGGCAACCUCGAGAUCGGGCCCCUGAGGGCAGAGGACUCCGGGGUCUACAUCUGCUAUGCCACAAGUGACUCCGUCAACGAGACGCUGUAUGUGACUGUAGUUGUGUUUAACUCCACCAUGACUGGUGGCAUGGAGAACAUGAAGACGGCCUACACUACCCUCGUAGCAUGUCUGGUCAGUGUUGUUAUGGUUCUAAUCUACCUCUACCUCACACCCUGUCGCUGCGCCUGUUGUCCGGGUCAGGGCCUGGAGAAGAACGACCCCAAUGACAGCCUCCAUUCUUCAACUGUCAGCGUCUCUCAAGCACACAAGGAGACGGGGCAAGAGCGAGUUGAAGGUGGCUUUAGCUACAGACAUGUGGGCUACCCAGAUAUCAAGGACCAGCUGGAGCAGAAUGGGAGGUUGAAUCCAAUAGGUGAGGAGGACGAGGAUUGGCAGGGGGAGAGCAGGGAGAGAAGGAGGUCUGACGCAGAGUCGGUCAGCUCCGUGUGCUCUGAUACCCCCAUGGUGGUGUGACAGCUUCAUCCACACGGCUGUGCAGGAUUCAAACAUUGGCAUCUUCCAAACAAAGCCAAAGCUCUGUCUCUCAUGGUCAGCGGCAGUGUUUCAGUAGCAUGUAUCAUUGAUUUAAAAAAAAAGAAAGAUUAUCGGUGCAGUGUAAAAAAAAUGCCCCAAAGCAUUCUGUUAAUGCCUAACAAUAUUUAGCAAAAAUUGAUUUUGACAUCGCAAUAGUGGCAUUUGUGAAGACACAAAACAUGAAGCAUAUUUUUUCAUUGCAAAUGAUCUUUACAAAAUUCCAACUAUUGCUUUUAUUGGCUGAACCUGCAAGGAAUCGCUAUGCAAGUUGUAAAGAAGGAGUUUAGUUUAGUUUUCACUUAAGUCCUAGAUUGAGAAAAAAAAAGUAGCCAUCAACCCCAGUUACUCACAGCAUGAAAAUAUGCUUGAUGUUAUUCCUCAGUUUAACUUCUGAAACUCCUGAGGCUGCACGUUAAAUUAAAGUUACACAGCUUUUGUUAUGCACUGUGAAUCUUGGCACGACAAAUAUUAGGAGUUUUAAAGAUGUCUGACAGAAGCUGCUGCUUGAUAUAGAAACAAUUAUAAAUAUAAAUGUGAUUAUUUAUUCCUCAUUUUACAUUCCUGUUUGGUUUGGUCAGCACUUACAGGACAUGAUACUGUUAAGAUUACUCUUAUGCAAUUUUAUCAUUUUAAAUUGUUUUAGAUUUAGUGCUCCAGUUGAAGGGUUUUUGAAUCCUUAAACCUUGUAUGCAAGUCUGUUUUAAAAACCAGCAGAUUAUAUGUAUUGUUGUGGCAGUUAUUCUCAUUGAUCAUUGACCUCAUACACACUGUAGGUAUUAGUGAAACUGAUAUCUAUUCGCUUACGUCAAUAUAAACAUAACUACUAACUAUUUACAGACAAAUUGACAUGAAAAAUGAAGUUACGCCAUUUUUGUCACUAAUAUUAUAAUGCUACAUUCCAGAUGCGCUUUAAAAAUAUUGAACAAAGGAACAUAUUUGAAUAUUGAUGAGAUCUAUGGUGCAGAACACCGUACAAAGAGGCAGUUUCUUUGUAAACUGACAUGACAGUGGAUUCAGAGAGUCUGCAGAGACAGUUUUGAGUAAAAAAAAAAUAUAUAAACAUCGUAAUAAACUGAAGCUCAUUUAAAUCACAUUCCACAAGUCAACAAAGAUGUUCUCUGUUAAUGUAGCGGCUGACGACACAUUUCAGCCUUGCAUCUCUGGUACAGAGUUUUCCAGUCUGUUCUGCUUCUGACCUCGUAACACAAGCCAGCAACAAGUAAUUACAGGACGUACGAGUUGUAAUUAACCUAAUCAGAGUGAUUUUCCCUUCUCAGAUUGCCUGACCUGAGUCAUUUUUAGAAGCCUGAAGAGGCACAACCAGUCGAUGUUUCACAAGAAAGAGGGAAUGAUAAGAUAAAAGUCUGAAGAAUAAGUAUCAUUUUAUAGAUAAUAAUGUUUUUUUCUUAUAUUUCACUACACUAAUCAUGGCACAGGGCCUCUUACACUUAUCUCAAGAUCCCUUGUGGAGGCCUGGACACACAGGUUGAGAACCACUGAUCUAGAUUGAACAUUUUUAAGAGGGUCAAUCAUGUUCAAAAACAUUAUAAUGCCAAUUUUUGGUUUGGGCUGGAAUUUCAAAUAUAAAAUCUACUCUAUUGCAGUUAAGAUAAUAUGUUAUGGUGAGAGCGACAUUCAGACCAGCAACAUCAACACACACCCUUCCAUAUUGGAUAGAUAAUAGCAGCCAGGCAGGAAGUGCGGCCCAGGGGAGACAACUGAGAGCGAGUACCAUCUACUGAAUGCUUUUGGGCAUUAGUGCCCAACCCAGAGCAAAUCAGCAAAUGCCAGCCAGCCAGCCAGAAGUCUCAUAAACACAGUCAGGAAUAGCAGCUUGUAGCACGGCCAGCACGCAGGCAGCCUGACACAGCUGAAAUGUAAAUAUAGAAGUUGCACUUUUCAAACACAUCUACAUUUUAGUUCAUUAGAAAAUGCCUUUAAAUUGUUAACUUUAGAGGUGUUAAUAAUGGUGUCGAUACAAAUGUUGUUUUCCAUUUGGUAUGAACACAUACAAGAGAUGUGUCACAAAACUAAAGUGAAUCAACUUAACGCAAAAUGAAACACCCCUAGAUAAUGGAUGUAGCAAUGGGCAGUGCUUUUAUUUUGAAGGAACAAUACUUUCAUUCUCUCAGUUCUCUUGGUGCUUUUAAAAAAAUAAUUUGGGUGAUUCUACACCUUCAUUUAACGUCUAUGGAACUGAUUGUAAAAUAAUGUAGCUUGACAUGCUGAGAAACCUUAUAUCUCUCAUAGGGACACAUCUACUCUAUGCUAAUGUCCAUACUUCUCUUAAAACCAAAGAUUUAGUUGCAGACAUACAUUAAUAACCUACAUGUUCAGUGUUUACAGUCAGUACAGUUAUACUGUCUUUACCAUGUUGAGCUUACCUACUGUAUAUUUCUGUGUUGAGACACAAACUUAUAUUUUAAUAUAUGCAAUCCUGUAUAAAGACUUGUGUUAAAUUAUUGCUGUAUUGUACGUUGUCUGUUAAUGUAUUGAUCCUGUAUUUCAUAAACUACAUGUCAACAAAAA